CAUGUCUGCGCCCUGUCUCCAUCCCGAGGACCACCUUACCUAAAUGUAAUUAUUGAAUUAUCCAAAUUGUAAGUGAGGAUUUCUAACUACGAGCAGUGGAUCGUGUCGCUUUGGUUUGAAUAUUAAUUGUAAAGAUGUCUGAAAAUAAGCAGAAGGUGAGCGUCCCCGGAAAUGGGCUCUCAAGAGCAGUGAUUGCUGAAAUGCUGGCGAACAAUUUCGAGAAACUGCCUGACAUUGAUCAGAAAAUCUUCUUGUAUGGACCCCUGUAUCUGGGGGGAAACGGUGGCUUUGCAGGACUAAUAUCCAACAGCUUGUACCGCAGAGCUCUGAAUGUGUCCCAGGCGCCCUUCGCCUCCAGCCUGCCGAUGGCCGUGCUGCCCUUCAUCACCACAUUCGCCCUGUAUAACGCCACAGUGUCCGCGCCACUCCUGUCCGGUGACCUCAACUGUCCCACUUGCGCCUUGAUGCGAGGUGCACUUGUCGGUGUGGUCGGUGGUGGGGUGUACCCCAUCCUCCUGGCCUUACCUGUGAAUAUGGGACUCGCCACCACGUACAAAACAGCUCCGAUGCCAGAGAAGGGCAACGUGAUCCGGCACUGGGUGGACGUCUCCAGACCGAUCCUGAGGAGGAUGAGGGCGGUGCUGCUGCUCCAGGCUUUCUUCGGCACCUUCCUGAGCUCCAGGCACUUUGAAACUUACACCAAACUGGCCCACAUAACAUUUGGGUCAGGAGGAGAAGAACUGAAAGACUGAAAUGCACUCCUGCUCAAACUAAACACUUUUUUCAUUGAUUUACACCGAUUUGUGGUUUUCUGCAAAUCUAAUUCACUAUGUCUAAUGUGAUAUACUUGAGAUGUUCCCCUGGCAAUAAAAUUAAGUGUUGGCUACCU